AUGAUGUCACAAAAUGGUGAAUACAUACAACCACAACAGCACCAAACAACAUCAGAUCAACUGUAUUAUCGCAUCAUCAUCAUCAUUCAAUCACAACAAGUGUUCAAUACCGUCAAGACACAAGAUGGAAAUAAUCAACAACAGCCAUCAAUACAACAACAGCCAUCAAUACCAAGUUCCUAUGUUUGUGGUGGUUCAAAGACAAUAAAUUUUCCACCACCGAUGUCACAAAUGGUUAAUACUCAAUUACCAACUUCACCACAAAUAUCAUCAGCAUCAACUGUAUUAUUGUCAUCAUCAUCAUCAUUACCAAUUGGUGGACAACAAGCUGUUAGAAGUACUGCCAAGGCACAAGAUGGAAAUAAUCAACAACAGCCAUCAACACUACCACAACCAUCAUUACCAAGUUCUUAUGUUUGUGGUGGUUCAAAGACAAUGAAAUUUCCCUCAUCUCAUCAAAGUAAUAUAAAUAACAGUUCGAAAUCAGGUGGUAACAAAUCAGAAACUGAUGCUUCAAAUACAUUACCAGCUGCACGUUCAACUCGUGAUGAUAAACAUGCAGAUAAAGUGAACAAUGAUAGACAUCAACAAAGUAAUGAUAACAUACAACCACAACAGCCACAACAACAACAGAUAUCACACCAUACUCGUCAAAAACUUGAACAACUUGAGAGACAACAAGAACAUCAACGACAACAAAUCGAACAUAAACGACAACUAUUCAAACAUAAACUACAACUACUCGAACAUAAACAACAACAACUUGCAAUGUCUCAUCAAGCUGAACAAGAACAACUAAUUGGUCGACAGCAACAAGAGCAAAUUUGGUUUCAAGAACUGAUAGAACAACACUCAUUACCCCUGGUAAAUAGUUAUCGUGAAAAAUAUGGUCUUAAUUUUAUGUUACCAAACACCAUACCAGAUUUUAAUACAGUAAGAAACUAUAUCGCAACUAAUGAUAUUAACAAUAUUCCACCAUAUAUAUUAUUUAUAAUUGAAUUUGGUGCCAGCAUACUUCGUAUGAGCAGGGACAUAACAGUACCUAUGAGAAAUGAUAUUGCCAAUGAUCAUGUUGCGAUUCCUCAAGAAAUUCAACAACAACAACAACAAGUUAAACCAGUCGUUACAGAAUCUAAUACAGUUCCUACAACAGUACCACCGGUUAAACCAACAAUAAGUGUUCCAAUACCACCACAACAUAUUAACAGUGGUAAUGAUAACAUAACAUUAUAA